AUGUCCCAUUCACAGAAAAAGGGUGGUGAAGGGGCAACACCUGGAGAAAGAAGAGAGUUAAAACAAGAGAUAGAACCGAAAGCAGAUAUUGUAAAGAUGCUUACAGAGAUAAAGAAAGACAUUAAGCAAAGUGAGAAAAACCUAGAGACAAGGUUGGAACAGAUGGACAAAAAAAUUGAUAUGACAGUUAAUGAAUUGAAAGGACAAAUGAAGGAGCUGACAAAAAGAACACAGAGUUUAGAAGAGGGAUUGAAAAGAACAAAAUUAGAAAUGAGGGAGGUGAAGAGGGAGGAGGAGGAGAUGAGAGCUGAAGUUUUAGAAAUUAAUAAGACGCAAGAAGAUAUUUGGGAUGCGAUUGCUAUGAAUGACCUGAGGCAGAGAGAGCAGAAUUUGAGGUUGAGAUCAAUGCCUGAGGUACAAGGGGAGAAUUUAAGGGAGAAAUUGACAUUGGAAAUUGCACAAUGGUUAGGUAUGGAAGUGGAAGAGGUGAGGAAAACAAUUCAAAAUGUAUUUCGGAUUAAGACAAGAUCGGCCAAAGCAAAGAAAUUUCCAGGCGAUUGUCUAAUUAUUUUCAAACAUACAGAAAUAAAGAAUUUGAUACUACAGAAAAAUAGAGAAAAAAGAUUGAUAAUUAUAAUCGAUGGAAAUUUCAUAAUCAUCUUUAGAGACGUUCCACUUCGCUUGUUGAAAAAACGAGAUCAUUACAAGCCAUUGACACAAAUUUUGAGGAAAAAUCAAAUUGAAUUUAAAUGGGAAUUUCCAGAAGGGAUCUCCUUUUUUUACAAAGGGAAAAAGUUUAAGCUCACAAACCCAGAUGAAGCACAGAAAUUCAUGAGAAGAUACAAGGAACUGGGAAGAGAAGAAGAAGCAGCCGGAGCUGGAGCGGGGGUAGGAUUUGGGAGUCCAGCGGGAGUGGAGGGAGGGGAGAGGGAUCGGAAGGAGGAAUUAGGAGACAGAGAAGAAGAGGAACAGGAAGAGGAAGAGGAAGAAGAGGAGGAACAGGAAAACGAAGAAGUAGAAGAACAGGUUUAA